CUGAACCUUGUGUAGAGAUUCCUUGCUCUAAAGACUGUAAAGUGACCGAGUUUCAACCUGCUGGCGAGUGCAGUACAGCGUGUGGUCAAGGUCAGAGACUCUAUGAGAGAUUUGUAGUAGAGAAGCCAAGUAAUGGAGGCAGUUGUCCGCACUUGCGAGAGUAUAGAGAUUGUCAAGGAGACAGUUGUCCUGCUUGUCCAAACAAUGGAUUUCGUUGUAAUGAUUAUACGUGUAUUUCGUCUCACCUGCUGUGCAAUGGUGUUGAUGAUUGUGGAGAUAAUUCAGAUGAAACAAGUGACUGUGCUUGUGUUAAUGCUAGCCACUCGGGUGUUUUCCGUUAUCGUGAUACAUUUAUCUCGUCUAAUUGUGAGAACUGCACCUGCCAAUAUGGCGGCAAUAUAACAUGUUAUCCUGUUGACUGCCCUGCAACUCCGUGCUCAAAUCCUGUGAAAGUUUCCGGUGACUGUUGUCUCAAAUGUCCAGUUCAUUGUGAAAUGAGUCCAUGGAGUGAGUAUAGCGAUUGUAUUUGUGGAAUUGGAAUUAAAUGGCGAACUCGUGAUAUCAUUACGCAUCCAAUGUAUGGAGGAAAUGAAUGCUCUCACGUCAAUGAAACAAAAUCGUGUGAUUCUGGAGAGUGCUCCUGUGAUUCUAACCCAUGUAUGAAUGGUGGCUCAUGUAACAAUCGACAGAAUGGAUUUAUAUGCGAGUGUCUAUCUGGAUUUGCAGGCCCACUUUGUGUUGAUAACUGUUCACCAAAUCCUUGUCUAAAUGGAGGCGCAUGCGUUCGGGAAAGCAACGGUGACUUCAUGUGUCGUUGUCCUACUGGAUAUACGGGAAGACUGUGUGAUACUGAUAUUGAUGAGUGUGCUUCAUAUCCUUGCCAGAAUGGAGGAGCAUGUGAGGAUGGUGUCAACGGCUACACUUGUACAUGUGUUGAUGGAUUCGGAGGGACUAAUUGUGGAAUAGAUGAGCCGGAAUGUGAUUCGUCACCAUGUCAGAAUGGAGCUACUUGUCAUGAUUUGAUUAAUUCGUUUGUCUGUGAUUGUAAGCCUGGAUAUACUGGAAAACUGUGUGACAUAGAUAUUGAUGACUGUACACCUGAUGCUUGUCUCAAUGGAGGCAAAUGUAUUGAUGGUGUCAAUGCCGUUUCAUGUGAAUGUAUGGACGGAUACACCGGGAGCAACUGUGGUACUGAUAUAGAUGAGUGCGACUCAUCUCCAUGUGAAAACGGAGGAACAUGCCUUGAUGCUAUAAAUGGCUAUACAUGUGUCUGUCUCCAGCAGUACACGGGCACACACUGCGAAACAUUUGUGGACAACUGUGAGUCAAAUCCGUGCCAGAAUGGUGGGGAAUGUCGAAAUGUGAACGGACAGUUUGUAUGCGUUUGUAAACAAGGGACAACAGGAGCGAGGUGUGAGACACCGGUGGAUGAGUGUGAGUCAAUGCCGUGUCUCAAUGGUGGCACAUGUGUCGAUCUUCAGGGGAGAUUUGUGUGCGAAUGUUUGUUAGGCUUUGCUGGGACAACCUGUGAGACAAACGUUGACGAGUGUGCCUCUAAUCCUUGCCUAAACGGUGGCAAAUGCAACGACGGAAAGAACAGCUACACAUGCGCAUGCCCAGAUGGCUACACUGGAAACGACUGUGGGACUGACAUUGAUGAGUGUGACAGCCACCCAUGCCAAAAUGGAGGAAAAUGCACUGACAUGGUCAAUGGGUAUACCUGCGCAUGCAAAGAUGGGUAUACUGGUGAUCGAUGUGAGACGGAUGUGGACGAGUGUUUGUCACAUCCGUGUCGUAACGGUGGCACUUGCAACAUGCGAAGCGGCAGUUUCAUUUGUGAAUGUUUGCAGGGAUACACUGGGCCAGUGUGUGAGACAAACAUUGACGAGUGUGCCUCUAAUCCUUGCCUAAACGGUGGCAAAUGCAACGACGGAAAGAACAGCUACACAUGCACAUGCCCAGAUGGCUACACUGGAAACGACUGCGGGACUGACAUUGAUGAGUGCGACAGCCAUCCAUGCCAAAAUGGAGGACAAUGCACUGACUUGGUAAACGGAUAUACCUGCGCAUGCAAAGAUGGGUAUACUGGUGAUCGAUGUGAGACGGAUGUGGACGAGUGUUUGUCACAUCCGUGUCGUAACGGUGGCACUUGCAACAUGCGAAGCGGCAGUUUCAUUUGUGAAUGUUUGCUGGGAUACACUGGGCCAGUGUGUGAGACAAACAUUGACGACUGUGCUUCUAAUCCUUGCCUAAAUGGUGGCAAAUGCAACGACGGAAUCAACAGCUACACAUGCGCAUGCCCAGAUGGCUACACUGGAAACGACUGUGGGACUGACAUUGAUGAGUGCGACAGCCAUCCAUGCCAAAAUGGAGGACAAUGCACUGACUCGAUCAAUAGGUAUACCUGCGCGUGCAAAGAUGGGUAUACUGGUGCUCGAUGUGAGACGGAUGUGGAUGAGUGUUUGUCACAUCCGUGUCGUAACGGUGGCACUUGCAACAUGCGAAACGGCUUGUUUAUUUGUGAAUGUUUGCCGGGAUACACUGGGCCAGUGUGUGAGACAAACAUUGACGACUGUGCCUCUAAUCCUUGCCUAAACGGUGGCAAAUGCAACGACAGAAUCAACAGCUACACAUGUGCAUGCCCAGAUGGCUACACUGGAAACGACUGUGGGACUGACAUUGAUGAGUGUGACAGCCACCCAUGCCAAAAUGGAGGACAAUGCACUGACUUGAUCAAUGGGUAUACCUGCGCAUGCAAAGAUGGGUAUACUGGUGAUCGAUGUGAGACGGAUGUGGAUGAGUGUUUGUCACAUCCGUGUCGUAACGGUGGCACUUGCAACAUGCGAAGCGGCUUGUUUAUUUGUGAAUGUUUACCGGGUUUUACAGGGAAAGUAUGUGAGACAGAUAUCGACGAAUGCGCCUCCCGUCCAUGUCAAAACGGCGGCACAUGCAACAACCACAUCAACCGCUAUGCUUGCAGCUGCCGCGCUGGAUUCACCGGAACCAACUGCGAGACUGACGUCGACGAGUGCGAGAGCAAUCCGUGCCUCAACGGUGCCACCUGCUUUCACAGAAUCAACAGAUAUAACUGCGCAUGCGCGAGAGGCUUUACUGGCCCCAACUGUCAGACUGAAAUCGACGAGUGUGACUCGGAUCCAUGCCAGAAUGGUGGCACAUGUGUGGAUCAGGUUGAUGGGUAUGAGUGUAGGUGUGUUGCUGGUUUUGGUGGCGAUGACUGUGAGACGCCUGUGGAUGAGUGUACGUCACAGCCGUGCGAGAAUCAGGGGGUUUGUACGGACUUGGUGAACGGAUAUGUGUGUGACUGUUUGGACGGAUUUGCUGGUGAUAAUUGUGAGAUAGAUAUCAAUGAGUGUGACUCCCGCCCCUGUCUCAACAACGGCAUGUGCGUUGACAUGAUAAACAGUUACAGAUGCAUCUGCAGUCCUCGCCACACCGGCCAACAGUGCGAGACAGACACGGACGACUGCGCCUCCAAUCCAUGCAGAAAUCACGGCAGAUGUGAGGACCAGGAUGAUGGCUACUUGUGUCACUGUGCUGGUGGCUUCACUGGGACCAACUGUGAGACAGAGGUUGACGAGUGUGACUCAGAUCCGUGUUUGAAUGGCGGACGAUGUCAAGAUGGAGUGAACGGUUUUAUGUGUGAUUGUCCGGAUGGAUUUGUGGGAGAUGUGUGUGACGGGGAUGUUGAUGAAUGUGAAUCACAGCCGUGCAGAAAUGGAGCUACCUGCAUUGAUGGUCGCGAUUCGUUUACUUGUGAGUGUGCAAACGGUUUCUAUGGCACUUUGUGUGAGACUCCUAUGGAUGAGUGUGACUCACAACCGUGUCAGAACGGAGGGAGAUGCGAAGUUGUGUCGUUUGGAUUCGCAUGCAAGUGUCCUAGUGGAUAUAUCGGCGCUCUUUGUGAAAUAUCUUGCCAGUGGAGUUCAUGGUCACGAUGCAGUGCCACAUGUGGCCCCGGCAAGCGACAGAGAAAGUGGCUUUGCGCCUACCCAAAGAACCAACAACAGACAAAGUUCAAAAUCGACACAGAAUUCUGCAACAACGGAGACUGUCCAGUCUCUGUCCCAGAGUGCACUUGGUCGUCAUGGUCACACUGUGAUGUCACUUGUGGCAGUGGCCUGCAGCAACGACAACAGACUUGCUCAGGAGACGUAGAGUACAGUGGGUAUCCAUGGAUUGACACCUUGAUUAAGAAGCUAGUGGGUUAUUUGCCUAUUGGAGAGACAUCGGACGGCAGGGAGAAGGUUGUUCAAGAUGUGAGGAAGUGCAAUGCGUCUACACAUUGUCCAGAAGACUGUUCUGAGUGGUCAGAUUGGUGUGGCUGUUCCGUUACAUGUGGAAAGGGCGUAGAGUCUCGCAGGCGUGUGUGCUUUGGUGGAGCGUCUGCUCAUCCGUAUGCAAAAUACGACCGUCGGUUGUGCGACACAAAACAAACAUGUAAAGAUUGUGCCGUCGACGUCCUCUUCGUCCUCGACGCCUCUUACAAAAUGACCUACCACUACUGGGAGAAAGUCCGCCAGUUCACUCUCCGUCUCUACAACCAACUCGACAUCGCACCAGACCAAACACGCGCCGGCAUCAUGAUCUACGGCGGCUCAAUCAGAAAGCCUCCAGUCCUCAAAUGCAGCUUUGCCUCUUCAUACAACAACAGAAACGGAUUCCGUUCAUGCAUCAAGUCACUUCCAUACCAGGGCCAGUCUCCUCGUCUCACAUACAGUCUCUAUGAUACGACACAAGUCCUUGACGAUCCCGAUCGUUAUGGACACCGAGAGGACGCCAGAAAUGUUGUCAUCCAUGUGACAUCCGGAUAUGAUGCGUAUGGUAGUCUCACUAGUCUUACCAAGUAUGCUGGCUAUGUGAAGGAUUUUGAUGACACCAAAGUGUAUGCGAUCGGAUUCGGACCGUAUGUGUACAGGAAGUUUGUCGAGCCUGUCAAUUCGUCUCCAUCGGAUCGAUAUCGUCACUAUCCGAAGACUCUGACUGAAAUACUGGGCGUCGCUGACAAGAUUGGGAAUCAGAUUUGUGAUGCUUGAUUGUGAGUGUCAUCGGAUGUCAGUGACUGUGUGUAGUGGUGCUGAACGUAUUGCACUUGUUAUCGAUGAAUGAUUAGUGUUGAUAUGUGGUGGUCGAGUUUUUAGUGUUUGGAAUAUAUUUUAAAGCGAAUAAGAGAAAGAGAGAGAGGGAGAGAUUGUAUGAAGUAGAUGUGCUUGUACAUGAUUUUGAAACUGGAGAGAAUAGAAAUUUUAUGCUGUUGCGCUACAAGUUUUCUACCCACGCGCGACAAGUUCUCUACGCAUGCGCUACAAGUUCUCUACGCAUGCGCUACAAGUUCUCUACGCAUGCGCUACAAGUUUUUACGCAUGCGCAUUUGAGCGUCUUAACGUAAUUCCAACUCUACAGGCAACUCUCUAAUAUGGAUGUAGAUUUAAGUCAGGAGAGUGGAAUUUCAUGUACUUUAGGAAGUUUGAAAUCAAAGUCAUUUAAUUAAUGUGAUUAUAUUUUUUAAAUUAUUUUUAAAUUUUUUAAAUUGAUUAAU